AUGACGGAGGAGGAGAGCAUACCAGGGGAAAAAUCCCAAGGGGGAAAAAACGGAAAGGAUCUGCAAAGGUAUAUGGACGAACUGUGGGGAUUCGCCUCCAAUUCUGGCGAUGAGAAGGAGGAUAUUGAAAAAGGAGAUGGUGACGGGGUGGUGACCACUUCAGACGAAUCGGAAGGUGAGGCAAAUGGUGAAUGGGGAAGAAAAAAGGUGAAGGAGUUUCACUCUCGAAUGUUGUCUCAUCACAUGAAUCAUGAAGACGCUUGUGUUGGUAAGGAUGCCAAUUCCAUCUGUGAAAGCCGCAAUGGUAGAACCUUCAGUGGAAACAGUAGCGAUGGGGAAGACACCCCAACCACGGGGAAGAAAAACAUGAUGAACAAGAAAAAAAGAAAAAAGGAAAAAAAUCACCCAAAUGAAAAGAACAACCUUUACUCAAUGGAUGAUAAAAAGAGGAAAAAAGGGGAGGAUAAAAAGAAAGCUGCAAAGGGGACAAAUUAUAAGGAGGACGAAGAGGAGGUUCCCAUAUGGAAAACCCCCCUCCCGAAAGAGACAAAGGCAAAUGCAGUGAACGAGAAGAUCAAUGGAUGGGAAAAUCCAUCAUAUGGGGUACAAGCACAAAAAACGAAGAAGCAAUUCCCUGAUGAAGGCACCAGACUAAAUAGAAAAAAUAUUUUUACCGAAAAAACGGAAGCCAAAAAAGAGUUCAUGAAUGUGGUCCACGAAAUAAGGAAAUUGACUCUACCCCACUUGGAUAAAUUUCAAAGAAAAAUUGUGGAAAAUCAUCAAGUAAAAAUUUUAGGAGGUAAAUUCGACAAAAGUCCAAAGGUACAUUAUCCGGAACUUAUGCUUCGAAAGAAGUCCAUGAAAAAGUACAUAGAGAAGAGAAGAGAGCGAGAGAAAAUGAUGGGUGUCAAAACGCAGACCGGGAAUUACAUUGACAUGCAGGACGUAAAUAGGAGGAAAAAGAGGAUGAAGAAGGAGCGGACUUCGUCCAAGUUGUUUUAA